AUGGAUUCUGCAUCUGCAAGCCAGAUGAAGAGCUCUGAAGAUGGUGAGACUGCUGCUGAUCAAAUCUGUAAUAAAAGCAUUGUAGUUCCACAUAGAGUUGUUGCAUUAGCCAACAGCUUUGAGAAGAAAGACCGUUCCUGGUAUGUCAAAUCUCAGAUCCCUAAUGAUCUGUCAAUUCAAGUCGAUGAUAUUACCUUCCAAGCACACAAGUUUCCUUUAAUCUCCAAAUCUGGCUACAUAAGCAACAUUGAGCUACAGCCAUCAUCAUCUGGGAAUGGAUAUCAUCUAAAGCUAGAAAACUUCCCAGGUGGAGCAGAAACAUUUGAAACCAUUCUCAAAUUCUGCUACGGUCUCCAGCUUGACCUAAACCCUCUCAACGUAGCUCCACUAAGAUGUGCAUCAGAGUAUCUGUACAUGACUGAAGAGUUUCAAGACGGGAACCUAAUCUCCAAAACAGACUCUUUCAUAACAUUUGUAAUACUUGCCUCAUGGAGAGACACGCUGACCGUUCUGAGAUCAUGUACAAGCCUAUCUCCAUGGGCAGAAAACCUCCAGAUUGUAAGGAGAUGCUGCGACUUGCUUGCUUGGAAAGCAAGCAAUGAUAAUAAUCAUGACAUACCAGAAGAUGUAGAUAGCAAUGAGAGAAGUCUAUACAAUGGUAUAGCCAACCUUCAGCUUGAUCACUUCAUGAGGGUUGUAACAACUGUAAACGCAAGAAAGGGUAGACCAGAGGUUAUAGGUAGACUCAUCAUGAAGUACGCAGAGAAUUGGUUGCCGCUAAUAGAUGAUGAUUUGGAAGGUUUACGUGGUUACGGCUCAGGAAACAAUGAUUUGCAGUUCAGUGUUGAACGAGAAAGAACAGAGGAAAAUAGUUUAGGAUGUCAAGAACAUAAGAGAAUCAUUGAAAGUUUAGUAAGCGUGCUUCCUACGCAACCUGGAUCAGUAGUACCAUGUCAGUUUCUGUUGAGGUUGCUCAAAACUGCAAUUGUGUAUUCUGCAUCACAAGCUUUAGUGUCUGAUCUUGAGAAACGGGUUGGUAUGGCAUUGGAAGAUGCUAAUGUAUGUGACCUCUUGAUUCCUAACUUCAAAAAUGAAGAUCAACAGAAAGAAGUCAGGAUUUUGGAGUAUUAUGUAAUGCAUGAGCAGCAACAACAACAGCAACAGGUUCAAGGAAAGCCAAGUAUAACAAAGCUAUUGGAUAAUUACUUAGCCGAGAUUGCAAAAGAUCCAUGUCUAUCCAUCACCAAGUUUCAAGUUCUAGCAGAAAUGUUACCUGAAAACAAUUGGAAAUGCCAUGACGGUCUCUAUAGAGCAAUUGAUAUGUUUCUCAAGACACAUCCUUCACUAUCAGAACAUGAUAGGAGAAGACUAUGCAAAACAAUGAACUGUGAGAAACUAUCUCUUGAUGCGUGCCUUCACGCCGCACAAAAUGAUCGGUUGCCUUUGAGAACUAUCGUCCAGAUCAACACUCAAGUGCUAUUCUCGGAACAAGUGAAGAUGAGGAUGAUGAUGCAAGAGAAGCAAGCAGAGACCAAUGAAGAGAACCCUGAAGGUCGUGAGGAUAAACGAAUAUCAAGAGAUAGUGAAGUAAGGAAACUCAAGGGAGAGCUGGAGAAUGUGAUGAGUAAGAUGGCAGAGCUUCAGGACGAUUACAAUGAGCUUCAACAAGAGUAUGAGAAGCUAAAUAGUAGCAAACAGAAGAGCACACAGUACUGGGGAUCGCGUUGGCAAAAGGUAAAGAGAUCAUUCCAGAUGAAACGAGAAGAUGAUGAAACAAGAGAUACGCCACGACGGAGACGAAGUUCCACGGGACCAAGAACCAGUUUGACGAGGAGAAGAAUGUCCAUGUCAUAAGCUAUAGUUUGUGCUGUAUACUGAUGGAUUCAUUGAGAAGAGAUGCACCACAAUCUUUGAGCUAAAUUUGGGUAGCGUUCCAAAGCGAAGCAUAAACUAAGUGGAAUCAAGUCAAAAUUCUAUCAUUUUUCAUCAGUAGAUGAUUAAAGA